GCAACUUUCAUGAGUAAUGUGUUAUCCAGAAUUGGAGCAGCAUGGGCAGGAAAUGAGCAGAAAACCAUUUCCUCACGAUAUGAUAGGUUGCUGGGUUUGGUGGAUCGUCCUGUCCCUUCAUGUUCUGCAGCACAGGGUGGUAGCUGGCAGUCACCAUUGUUACAAAAGAAUUCUUCAAGAACACCAGAGUUCAAUUUGCUACAGACUCCUCUUGUGGUUAAGAAAGCUGAAGUUUUGGCCACAUCUGCUUCUGGUUUUCCCGGCUUUACUCCUCGGUCUAUCCUCAGAUCCAGCGUUCGCAGCACACCCCAGGCAACUCCCUCUGCGUUUCCAGGAGAAUCAGUUACUCCUCCUCCCAGAGCAAACAAACACAGAGUGUCUUUCAAGGAAGGGAACUCAGAUGAGAAAUGGACUGUUGGGAAUGAUCGCCAUCCUCGCUUCAGAGAGGGGGCAUGUGCCAGAAAGUCUGAAUUACGCCCAUAUCGGAAGAUCCUUCCUAGAGUUCAAAGGCAGCUGGCUGCAGAGAGAGCCAGGCCUUACCAUUUGCCUUUGUCGGCCUUAAGAGGAGGUAAUUUUUAGCGCGGGGAAUACAGCGGUCAAGAAACGCUCACUUUGAUAACACAAGGCUGAUAGGUUUUCCCUUGUGCUUUACAGUUGCGAGACCAAAGCCAGU